AUGGCUGGAUCUCAAAUCUUAGUGUUUAAGUCAGGCCAGGGACAGCGACUUAAAUCCUUGCACCGCUUAGAACUGGAACGGCCGAUGUGUCAGACCACCACCAUCACCACCACCACCACCACCACCACCACCACNCACCACUACUACUACUACUACUACUCACAGAAAACCCAGUUUUAUCCUCCAGAUCAGAGACCGGGAUGUUUGUAUGCUCACUGCUUCUUCUCCCAGCCGUCGGGCGAGAACACGGUGGACUAUUCUGUGAUUGACAAGACCGGUGACUGGCGGUUGUCACUCGAGUCGGUUUUGUUUCGGGAACCGGGGCGAGAUAGAAUCCGAAAUUGUCAUUGGGAAACUUUAUGGAAUGGUAUCUGCAAGAUGAAUUCAUUCAUUAAUCAUAAAUUUAAAAAAGAAUACAUUUUCAGUGCAUUUGGUCUUGGAAUUUCUGAUGAAACGUUGCUGUCUUUUAGGAAAAUGCUCACGGAUAUGACAUUCGUUAUCCCAGAAUAUGUGGUUAACAACGAGGUGGUUAAGGAUCUUGGUGCACCACGACAUCUCAAAAUUCACCCCGUUUUGACCAUCCUCACAGAUAAACAAUUGCUUAUGUACGCCAAAUUCCUUAUUAUUCCAUUGUAA